AGGUUUAUGCAGUUAAAGCUAAAUAUAAAAUUAUUUAAAAUUUUGAUUAUUCCUUAGAAUAUUUGGAUAUUUUUAGGUAAUACAAUCGUAUAAGUUCGAAGUUCGUUAUAUUUUAUCAUAUAGUUGGAAUUAUUAGUGUAAUAAAGUGUUUCAAUUAGGUAUUGCAUUGGUAUUGAUCGAUUGGGAAGGAUAUUAUAUUGGGCGUCUCCAGUAAGCGAUGGCGUUCAUAGAAAAGGAAUGGUUUAUUGAGGCUCCAUGGGGCAAGAUUUGCAUCGUGGCGUGGGGUAACUGUCUGGACCCGCCAGUUCUCGUGUGCCACGGCAUCAUAGAUUCGGCGGCGUCCUUCAGGCCUCUGGUGAAGUUGCUGCCUAAGAACUUUUAUUACAUAGCCGUGGAACUCCCCGGCAACGGUAGAUCCGACGCGUUCCCGCGCGGUGUCGUGCUGUCGUCGCACGACUUCGUGUACGCGCUGCACGUGGUCGUCCGCCAUUUUAGGUGGGACAACUUCGCGCUGCUGACGCACUCGUUCGGCGCCGCUAUUGGGAGAUUCUACAAUCUCUGCUAUCCGGGUAAAGUCACUAAGGUGAUAGACAUCGAACCCAUCGCCCGGAAAAUUCCCGUUCCACCCGAAGAGUUUAAGAAAUGGUUCAAGGCGAACUACGUGGAUUAUUUUGAAAACUACGAGUACUACAAUAUGACAAAGCAGCAGAUGAAGAAAUUCCCCAAAGAGGAGGCGAUUAAAAAGUUGAUGAAAAGUCGUUCGCUAACUAGACAGUGCGCUGAAGCUACCCUCGAGAGGAUGACAGAACCGGCUGGGAAUGGAUAUCUUAGAUAUACCUACGACCAGCGCAUGAAGCUCGUCUCCAGCCCGCCGCUGAGCCCGGAGCACAUAAAAAAGCUGUACACUAGCAUCACCACCCCGACUCUGUCCAUAAUGGCCAAAGACACGGUCGGCAAGGGAGGCUACAAGCAAAUGCCCUUCAUGCUGGACGAGAUGGCUUACCCCAACGGUAACUACAGGGUGAGAUACGUGAAGGGUGGCCACGAUGUGCAUUUCAAUGACCCUGGGGUGGUCGCGCCCUUUGUCACCCAGUUCUUGCUUUAUGGUCUGGAGGGGUUGGGGGGGAAGGCUAAGCUGUAAAGUGCUGCCUAAUUCGAUCUAGAAAUGGGUAUUUACCCCGUCUUUACCCCCUCCCUAUUUACAAUUCUGUUAUAGUCCCCGUUCAUUCGAAUUGCACUAUUCUACGGUUGUAUAAUUUCUUCUAUGUUAAACCAAUUUGUAAUAAGGAUGUAUAAGUUCACUGUCUAUUUUGUAAAAUUGUCAUCCCCCCUUAAAUCCUCGAUUUUUUUGUCCAAUUAACACGGGUACUUAUAAACUGAUGUCUAUUAUAUGAAGUUAUAUGUGGUAUUGUGUAUGUUCCAUUUUUAAUUAUAUCAAUGUGUAGAUGUAAUAGAAAUGUCUUGCCAAGGAUAUAAUUUUCUGUCGUAAUUUAAGAGCAGAAGUAGGAACCAUAGUCAACUAACUUAAAAAUUUUCGGUAAGCAUUUUUGGAUGAAAUAAACUGUGCUUAGUUGGGUUUAGAUUAUUUAUUUGCAAUAUGGUUCCGCUAUCUUUAACUUAAACUUAUAUAAGAGGCAUUUAUUGGACUUUAGCAUAUAGAAGUAUGUAUGUCUAUUCUGUUUAUUAUAUACAGGAUGGGUUUUUUUUUUGGGUCAGUUUGUAAAAAUUAAUUAUUAAGUUAGAAUUAUUCAUAUAUUUGUUUUAAUAUUUGAAGAUAAUUUUGGCAAACUGACAAAUAAAUAUCAGAAAGAAUAAAGACAAGAAAGCAGGUUACAGUAAAAACCCAUACUGUAUAUUCUUUAUAAAUUUAUUUGUUGAAUGGUCAGCAGAUUUGUAAAAUGUCGAAAUAAAUAAAUGAUAAAUAUUAUCAACCUUAUAUAACAAAAAACAUACGUAAGUGUCACAACUCCAACUCGU